UCACCCCCUUUGUUCGAAUACCGCUGCUAUUCUACUGUUCUACUGCUACUCCUGCCGCCUACCUGGUAGCGCAGCUUCUUCUUCCGCUCCCUUGAGCCCAAUUUAAUUUCGUCACCGCAACUGCGCGCCAUUCCUUUCAUCCCGACCCGAAUUUCCAUCACCUUUUUUUUUUUCUUCCAAAAUGUCCGACUACGCCUCCCUCAAAGUGCCGGAGCUGAAGAAGCUCCUGGCUGAGAAGAAGCUGUCGCAGACCGGCAACAAGGCCGAUCUCAUUGCGCGCCUGCAAGAGGCCGACAAGAAGGAUGCCACCGCGUCAGCAGAGGACAGCAAGCCUGCCGAGAACAAAGAGGACGAAAUCAGCUACAGCGACGACGAAGCCACUGCCGCGCCGGCCGCCUCAAAACCUGAAAAGGCAAAAGCACCAGAGAAGCCCGUAGAGAAGCCCACCGAAGCGCCCGCCGCCGCCGCAGCAGCCCCAGCAGACACGGAGGAAGCGACGAAGCCCGCCGAAGAAGAAAAGCCCGCUGCCGAGGAAGAGGCCAAGGAGCCCGCGCCAUCCUUCGCCAUUGGCCUCUCGUCCACCACUGCCGACGAGGAGCUUAAGAAGCGCGUCGAGCGUGCCAAGCGCUUCGGCACCGAGCUCGACGAGGAGACCAAGAAGCUGGCCGAGCGAGCCAAGCGCUUUGGUAUCAAUGACAAGGAAUUGGCCAGCGGAUUGGACGCGGCUCUGCCCGAGAGAUCGCUGAAGCGUGGCCGCGGCCGUAACGAGGGCGAUGGCAACAGGCCCGGCAAGCGACGCAGCCAGGACCGCAAGGGACCUUCUGCCAACGAGAGGCGCAGCGGCCGCAACAACAAGAAUCAGGGUGGCAAUGCCUCGGGCAAGCCCAAGUUCGGCAGCAUCAUAGAAGAUCCUGCCGAGAGGGCCAAGGCCGAGAAGCGAGCUGCUAGAUUUGCUGCGGCGUAAGCUGUUGGAAGAGGUAAAACGAUGGAAAGCUACUCAAGCUGGAAGAUGAUUGGCAAAGAAUGUUGAUUUAGCUGGGCUGAAGCUUAAGAAAUGUGAAGAAAAAGAAGAAAAAA